AUGCCUCCGAAGCAGGGCAAAAAGGACGCAAAGGCCUCUGCACCGGUGAUCACCGUAGCGCAGGAGCUCCAUGUCGACACGGAUCUGCGUCGCCUGCAUGAAGCGUGCGGGUUGCUCGGGGAGCCGUUUGCCCCUUUUGCGAGGCGGUUGAAGGCGGAGCUAGCGCGUGUGAAGGAUGGGGAUCAGGACGGAGUACCCCAGGUUCCCUUGUUUGUGCAUGGCGAGGUGGCGCUCGGCGAUUUGAAGACGCUCUGCAGCGUUGCACUGCGGCCUUAUCCCUUUCUCCGUGUGAUUCAAUUGCAUCACGCAGUACUCGGGGACGAUGGCAUCCUCAUUCUGUGCGAAUUUCUCAGUGAGUACCAGCCUCUUCCUGAUCGCAACCCAUUUGGCAUCCAGCGCCUCGAGCUGCCAGGCUGCGCGAUCGGGCCACGGGGCUGCCGGUAUCUUGGCAGCUACCUAAGGAGCAACGCAACUGUGACAAAGCUAGUCCUCGACUUCAACCCGUUGGAGGAUGCCGGGGUGCGGGAGAUCUGCACAGCUCUGCAGUGGAACAGCUCCUUGACGUCUCUCUCUCUCCAGUACUGUGGUGUCGGUUCGGUUGGAGCGGGUGAUAUCGCAUCGCGAAUCGUGAAGGAGUCCAACGUCUCUGUGCUGUCGCUCCGUGGAAAUGCGAUCGGUGACAAGGGUGUGGAGGAGGUGGCCAAGGCAAUCUGCGUGAGCUCGAAGCUGGAGGACGUUGACCUGGCCGACACAGCGUUCACGGGCGACGCGGACGCCGUGCUAGCACUCUGCGAAGCCAUGGUGUGCGGAACGGCUCUACGUGUGGUAGACUUGAACAUGUGCACCAUCACACCCAGUGGUACCGAAUGCCUACUCAAGUCGCUGCAGGCAAGCAGGCACGUUACUACGCUGCGGGUUAGCGAGCGCACCGACCCGGUCGUGUACAAGCAAAUCGUUGUCAUUAGCGCCACUAGGUCCCAAGCAGGUAAGAAGAAAAAGGGUAAGAAAAAGAUGUAA